AUGCAAAGCGCACGUUCACCAUAUUACAUCACACCCUCAAAACUUCAUUUUUGCGAAGAGUACACUUAUUUUAGAAGCGAAUCUUUUUACCGCAAUGGUUGGCAAUUCUGGAGAUACAGCUGUUCAUGUUUGGAAAGUAAAAAUUGUGAAGCUCACGUCUAUAUCCAUAAGGAUGAAAUUAUCAUUACUGAUACGGCGCAUAAUCAUUCUCCAUUAGGAUAUAAGUGGCAAAGUUCCUACAAUUGGCUUCCGGAAGCAAAGUGUUACUCUAUAAAAAGUACACAUUCUCCAGAAGUGGAAAGGUCCGGGGUGGAGGAUCUAGAUUUACAUGUUCCAGUUCGCAUAGCAAGAAUUGCAAAGCUCACGUUCAUGUCAGCAAAGAUAAUCAUA